AUGGAACAAGGAUUUGCAUUUCGUGGUAAUGAUGAAUCUGAACAUUCAAGCAACCAUGGAAACUUUCUUGAGCUUCUACAGUUUCUUGCCGACCACAAUGAGGAUGUGAAAGCUGUUACUUUGAAAAAUGCUCCAGAGAAUCACAAAUUGACAUCACCAGAUAUUCAAAAAGACAUUGUAAAUGCUUGUGCAACUGAGACCAUCAAUGCUAUUAUUAAGGACAUUCGCACUUCGUUGUUCUCUAUUUUAAUUGAUGAAUUUCACGACGUAUCAACAAAGGAACAAAUGACUAUUGUAUUGCGUUAUGUGGACAAGAAUGGGCAUGUCGUUGAGCGUUUUAUUGGCAUUGAGCAUGUUACUAGUACCGCUGCUCUCUCACUCAAGGAAACCAUUGAUGAGGUAUUUUCUAGACAUAAAUUGAGCAUGUCUAGGUUGCGUGGGCAAGGUUACGAUGGGGCCAACAAUAUGCAAGGUGUGUUCAAUGGUCUUAAAGCUCUUAUUAUAAAAGAAAAUGGCUGUGCCUAUUAUAUUCAUUGCUUUGCACAUCAACUUCAAUUAGCACUUGUAGAUGUGGCAAAGAAGAAUAUCCAAAUUGAGUCUCUUUUUAGUAUAGUUACUAUUUUGGUAAAUGUUGUUGGAGCUUCAUCGAAGCAUUGUGAUCUUCUUCGAGAGAAGCAAUCUAUUGCAAUUAUUGAAGCACUAAACAGUGGUGAGUUUACAAGUGGGAAAGGCAAAAAUCAAGAAACUACUUUGAAACGUGCUAGAGAAACACGGUGGGGUUCACACUUUGGUACUUUAGUAAGUAUAAGGACUAUGUUUUCAUCCAUACUUGAUGUACUUGAAGUAAUAGCUGAUGAUAGAGUAAGCUCUCAACAAAGAUGUGAAGCAAAUCAUUUAUUGGAUUCCAUGCAAUUAUUUGAUUUUGUGUUUAAUCUACACUUGAUGAAAGAUAUACUAGGAAUAACCAAUGAAUUGUCACAAGCAUUGCAAAGGAAGGAUCAGGAUAUUGUAAAUGCCAUGAAGUUGGUUGGAGUUGGUAAGCAAAGGUUGGAGAUAAUGAGGAAAAGUGGCUGGGAUUCUUUACUUAGUGAAGUCUCAGAAUUUUGUCUUAAACAUAAUAUUGAUGUGCCUAAUAAGGAUGAUAUGUUUCUUUCUCGAAGGCGAGGGCAACGAAAAGCACAAGCAGUCACAAAUAUGCAUCAUUAUCGUGUUGGGAUAUUUUAUGUUGUUUUGGAUUGGCAGCUUCAAGAACUAAAUAAUCGUUUCAAUGAGACCAACUCUGAGUUACUUCUUUGUUUGGCAUGUUUAUGUCCAGUCGACUUCUUCUCUGAUUUUGAUAGCCAAAAGCUAUUGCGUCUUGAUCAGUUUUAUCCUAAAGACUUCUCUAUGAAUGAGCUGGUGAUACUUAAAGCUGCCAAUGCAAAAAAAUGGUUCAAUGCAAAAAACACAAGAUGUCCCUAUUCAUACAAAUCUCUGGCUUCGUCCCUGUUAGGAGGAGGAAAUGUUGCUCAUUGUUUACUUGGACUUGGAUAUUGCUGUGGAAGUCAGAAGUAG